AUGGGCGCCGCGCCAGCGCCUGAGCCAGAGGCCGGGCGGCUGGCGGACCAGCGGGGCAUGCUGCUAACGGAGCUGGGACUUCUGCGGCAGGCGGAGAGCCGAAAGCUGCCGGUGGUGUUGGCGCACUUUCUGUCGGUCCCCAAGCGCCAGUCCCUGGUCCGGGACUUGCUGGACGGGCAGCUCUGGUCGGUGGUUAGCGGCUUGGGUACCUCUCUGGGCUCUGGCUCACUUCAGAUCCGGGACCUGGGGGCGCUUCGGGCCCUCACUGACCUCGGCGCUUUGGAGCUGGUGGCGAAUUUGGAGGCGCUUGGCCUCGAAGGUGCCAACGGCACCGACGAGUCGGGAGGCCUGGCGCAGGAUCUGCGGUGGCUGGCGAAGGUGCUGCCAAGAGGAGACAGAGGUCUGGUGGCCAUGGCCCACGCUGUGCUGUCCUGGGUCAUGGUCUUGAGCUUCGUCCCCGACUCCGACGGCCUGGUGCGCGUGGAGAGCAUGUCCUCCAUCACCCAGGCCUGGUGGCUCGCUGAGCAGGCGGCCUCGGCCAACGUGCGCCACAUCUGCGAGGUCGGCUUCAACGCGGGGCACUCAGCCUUUGCGAUGCUCCUUAGCGCAGAUGCCAGGAUGACCUCCUUCGACCUGAUGUCCAAAUCCUACACACCGGCCUGCCACCGGCUGCUGCGAAUGGCCUUACCCCAUAGGCACAUCAUGGUGGAGGGCCCUUCCAACGUGACGAUCCCCAGAUUUGUGCUUGGCAACCUAGACCACAGGUGUGACCUCAUCUUCAUUGACGGUGGCCAUUUGGAGGAGGAGGCGCUGUGGGACCUGGCGCAUGUGUCGUUGCUGGCCACGGCGCGCAGCUUGGUGGUCAUGGACGACAUCGGCUGCAGCUCUGCGUUCUGCGAGGGGCCCACACGUGCGUGGCGCCGGUUCUUGGGGGCGGGCCGGGUGAGGCAGCUGGGGUGCCAGCAGGAGACGGAGAGGAGCUGGUGCUGGGGCAGCUUCCUUUUCUGA